GCCGAAAGGUGUUCACCAACAACACGGGCCUUCAGAGACAUCUGACUGGCUAAGCAGGCAAUAGCAAUAACCCUUCGUAACUCGCCGACUACCGCUGUGGCAGGUCCCAUUACAGGCUCAAAAAAUCGCCAAAGUUGCAAAGAAGAGGAUACCGGCAUUUUAAAGGACUGUACUGUGCUAGAAGGCGCAGAGUUGUCACGAUACUUUUCCCUGCCCCUCACCAGAAAGUAGUGAGACGGAGACGGAGACAGAAAUUGAGACUGGCCAGCCUGGCACACGACCAACUUCAAACUGCAGGCGGAGAUGAGCAUCAUGGCAGUCGCCGCGCCACGCCGCCGAAGAGCUCAGGAAUGAAAGAAGCAAUCGCCUCGUUCGGUCGCGAGACUCUGGCCUGGGAAUGGAUGAAGAACCGGCUCAUCACCGCCGCCCACGACGCCCUGUGCACUGCCGUCGACGGAGUCUCCCAACUCAUGAAAGUCGCCCCCGAGGGAAGCUGGGCCGGCCUCAAAGCACCCGACUAUUUGGAUCUGCUCGACCAAUGCGAGCCGGGCAUUCCCAUCACUGCAGCCGAAUACCGAGAGAAUCUGCAGUCCAUCGGCCCCGCUGACUCGGUUGGCGGCGAUUAUGUCUUGUGCACCGCACGGGACGCCCGAAGCUUGAUCGAUGACCUGGGCCCACCCAGGGUCCCUAUCCUUGUUCCUCCAGAAUGGAACAUAUCCCACGGCUGGUUCGAGGGCGGCACCCGCAACGAACCCAGCGACAGCGAUCUUUUUGAGAAGUUCUUCUCGUGGGUCAAAGUCCUCGAUCAGCCCAUGGACGUUACAAACCCUUUUGCCCAGGCAACCGAUGAAUUUCAACUCCCGGAGAAGAUGCCUCCAAACGACAUCGAGGCAUUGUUCAAGCGCCAGGUCUUUGACAAGGCCAUGGGUCCCAUCAACUUGCUGGAGAUUCGCUCCCGCGACGACAAUCCAGUUUCUCCAUGUCUGGCUGAGUUGAGCGACUUCAAGCUCAUGCGAGACCUUAGGUCAUUACCCGACGUCACGGGAGCCGAUAAGGUCAAGGCCAAAGCGGCCGAUUUAUCUUGGUCGUUCCAAAUAUGUGGUCAGAAGGGCGUCUUUUCGGAACCUCACAUCGAUCACCACGGGGUGACCACUACUAUUACUGUACAGGCAGGGGAAAAGCUCUGGCCUAUAUACUCACGCAACAGUGCGCAGGCACUGGAAAGCUGGAUAGAACAACACGACGAGUACAUUCUUAGUCAAAAUAAGACUGGCAAUGGGAACGGGAAUAGGAACAGGAACGGAAAGGACAAUGGAUAUACCAAUGGAAAUACAUCCGAUGAAGAUAUGCAAAGUCAGAAAGGGGAUGGGCCGGAGAACGGGAACCUGGACGUGCAAGAGGAAGGGCGGUGGACUGCACUGUAUUUGAGGAGAGGCGGCCUACUGAUUCAACCGCCGGGGACGCUGCAUGCGCCCUACUCACCGACGAACGUCCUCUGCUCGGGGACUAUGCACAUUGAUACUCGAGGCUUAGUGAAAAGCGCUGAGCUAUCAGUUCUCGAGACAAAACACCCAAAUAUUACAAACGAAGAACCCGCAAUGGAGUACGCGAACUGCAUGAUUCAAGCAGCUCGCAUGUGGAGGAGGAUGGUCGUUGGACUCAGGUGGUUGCCUGACGAGGACAGGAAGAGGUUUCUACAAUUGCUUCAGGAGUAUAUGGACGGUCUCGAGCCACCAGCAUGCUGCGUGAAACCAAAGCGAGGCGCGCACGACAGGAGUUGCAAGGUUCCAAAGCUACGUAAGAUACUUUUAGAAGAGAAGGCGACAGAUAACCGGACAGCUAGGUGAUCCAGGCACGGGCGGCUGAUGAGCUUAAAACAUUUGUGUACAUAUAUGUGUUGCGUGAUGGGUUAUUUGGGGAGUAUACUUAAUAGCAUCGCGUGGGGUUGAGGAUCUGUAUAAGGCCUUUCUGUUUCUUUCACAUGUUUGCUUCGAUAGAAGGGUUGGCUUCGCCGGAGCAAGCUUUGACAAAUAGUGUUUGAAGUGCAAAUACAAAGUGCAGUAAUUCAGUCUCCAGGUUGGGA